UUAUAUGAAAACGAUACUAACUGUAAAGACUCUUUCUUACUCACACAGUGCAGUAUAAAACAUUCACCCCUUGGAUAUUUUUGAAAGGGAAGUGACUGCUGGUCUGUGAGCGAGCAGCGUGUCCGGGACUUGGCAUCUUGCUGAAAGUGCGACGGCACUUCAAGUUUGGCGCGUGUGUGUUGCUCGGCUCCCAAGUGUGUUUUCCGCCGUUCGAACAAGCUCAAGCAUGAAGCGCGGAAAGAAGGCAGAGGAGGCGACAGCAGAAGGGGACGGUGACGCCAACUCGGAAAGCACGAACAAGAAAGCGAAGAAAACGAAAGAACCAGAAGCCCCCAUCUUGUACGAAGACCCCCCCGACAAAACGACCAGCAAAGAUGGACUCGACGCUAAUAUGAAGAUCACUUCCUGGAACGUGGACGGGCUGAGGGCUUGGGUGAAGAAGAAUGGCCUGGAUUGGGUGCGGGAGGAGAAUCCGGACGUCCUGUGCCUGCAGGAGACCAAGUGCGCGGAAAAAGACCUUCCCGCUGACAUCACGUCCAUGCCCGAGUAUCCUCACAAGUACUGGUGCGUGUCGGACGACAAGGAGGGCUACAGCGGCGUGGCCAUGCUGUGCAAAACAGAGCCCACCAAAGUGACGUAUGGCAUCGGUAAAGAGGAGCACGACAAGGAAGGCCGCGUGAUCACCGCCGAGUUCCCCACUUUCUACCUGGUGACGGCCUACGUGCCGAACGCCGGGCGAGGCCUGGUGCGCUUAGAUUACCGCAAGACCUGGGACGCGGAUUUCCGCGCCUACUUGACCGAGCUGGACAUGCAGAAGCCCCUCGUGCUGUGCGGCGACCUCAACGUGGCCCACCGGGAGAUCGACCUGAAGAACCCCAAGGGGAACAAGAAAAGUGCCGGCUUCACCCCGGAGGAACGCGAGGGCUUCGGCCAGCUGCUGGAAGCCGGUUUCGUCGAUAGCUUCCGCGAGCUCUACCCCGAGCAGGCCAACGCGUACACCUUCUGGACCUACAUGAUGAAUUCCAGGUCGAAGAACGUGGGCUGGCGGCUCGAUUACUUUGUGCUGUCGUCCUCCCUGGUGUCCGCUCUUUGCGACAGCAAGAUCCGCAACAAGGCUAUGGGGAGCGACCACUGCCCUAUUACGCUGCACCUUGCUGUGUAGCCUCCUUUCGGUGCAUAUUCACCAGUAGCUUAGGUGCGAAGUUUCGAAAUGCCCUGUUGGCCCUUAUUUUUUUUUCUUAAGCAGACCCAAAUUAUAAAAACUUAGUUAGGCUCAAAUGCGACACUAAAUAUGCUCUGAAGAUUUUAAGAUAAGACCAAGCGUGGCCACUUUCUGUUCUAUCGACUCAAAAAAAAAAAAA